AUGGAAUAUUAUUAAGUUAAAACAAAUAGAGUAGUCGAAACCAAUAUUACAACUGUUAAGAGUAAUGGCUAGAGUUUGCAAACAAGAAUAGAGUCUGUAAAUAAUGGGGAAUAAGAUCGAAGAAUUCAAAAUAUUACAAAAUAAAUGCAAAUAUUUAUAAUGGCCAUAGAAUUAGAAAGACUUAGUGAAUAAAAUUAUAAGCUAUAAUAAAGGUUAAAAAAUAUGGAAGAUCAAUAAUUUAAUACAAUGAAUCUUGAAUAAUAGAUUAUAGAUUUAAAAUAGAAAAUGGAUUAAUUAGAGCAAUAAUAUUAAACAGUUGUAAUAUAGAAGGAAGAAAUCUAAUACAAUUAUGAAGAAAUAAUUAAAUAUCAUGAAAAAAGUGAAGAUAACUAGACUAUAUUAAAAAAUGAUAUUGAAAAACUUAGAAUUAAAUUAAGAGACUUUGAAGAAUAAAAACAAAAUGAAAUAUUAGCUAUUAUAAAAUAAAAAGAACUUGAAGCAUAAAAAUUAUUGGUAUUGAGAUUUUUCAUAUCUAAUAGUAAAAAAAUUAAUAAGAAAAUGAUUUCAAUUGGUAAUAAUAAAUGGAAUACAUAGAGAAAGAAUUAUAAAAAUACAAGGAAUUGCAUUAUUAAAUCAAAAAAGAAAAUACAGAAUUGAAAACUAUGUUACAAUAAUAAGAUCUUUCUAAAAAUAGAGAAUUGGAAUCAUUAAUAAUUUAAUAUAAAAAUGAUAUAGAUAGACUUAAUCAUAAUUUGAAUAAAUAUUAAUUAGAAAAUUAAGAUUUAAAAGAACGAAUAUAUAAUGUUGAUUAAAUAUAAGAAGAAUUAAAUAGAUAAUUAUAAGAAAAUUAAGAUCUUCGUGAAAAUAUGUAAUAAUUAUUAAAUGAAAAUUAAGAAAAAAAUGUAGAUUGUAAAAUAUUUUAAGAAGAACUUGAAAAAUUAAGGUAUGGUUUAUCCGUGAAAACUUAAGAACUUGAUGAAUAUAAAGUCAAAAAUACUAAAUAUGAGAAAAAUCAAAUAGAUUUUUAAAGAAACAAAAAAUCACUUGAUGAAAAAUUUGCUAUUAUGCAAUAAGAAAUUGAUAGAUUAUAAUUAAUUAUUAGAUAAAAGACUACUGAAAUAGAAAAUCUUUCAAAAAGAAUUCAUGACAAUUCAACUGAAAAACAAAGAAUUAUAGAAUUAGAAUAUCUCUAAAAAGUAAAUGAUAAGAAAAAUCAAGAUUUAGAUAAAAAAAAUUAAGAACUAAAUUAAAGAUUAAUUGAUUAAACUAAAAAGACUUCAGAAUUUGAAAAAUUAAAUAAUGAUUAUCUAUAAUAACAUAAUAAAUUAAAAGAUAAAUGCGAUGAAUUUGAAGGAAGAUAUAAUAAUCUCUUAUAAGAAGUAGAUAAAAUUAAUAAAUAACUUUCUUAAAAGUAAUUUAUUUUAUUUUUAUUUUUAAGAGUUCAAGAAAAUGAAAGUUUGAAUAAAUAAAUUACAGAUAGUAGAAUUAAAUUAGCUAAUUAUGAUAAUCAACUUUAAGAAUUAUAUGACUAAAUUAGUAUUUUAGAGUAGGAUAUUGAAAAAUUAAAAAAAUAUGAAGAAAAUGUAAGAGAAUAAUGAUUUUUAGUGUAGAGUAUUAUCAUAUGAAAUUGAUAGAUUGAAUAGCCUAAUUGCUUAAUAAGAGGAGGAAUUAAAGAAAUGGAGAUUAUAAUAUGCAAAUGAAGGUUCAUUAAAUAAAAAGAUUAUUGAAUAAUUAUCAAUAAUGUUUGUUUUAAUGAUUGAAAUAGAUAGCUUAAGAAAUUCUAUUGUAUUAAAAGACAGAUAGAUUGAAGAUUUAAGAAAUUAAAAUUUAGCUCAAUUUAAAGAAAAAAAUAAAUGA